CGGAAGUUUGGCGUUUCUGUGCCGCGGGAGAGGAGGCGGCAGCGGCAGCGGCAGCGGCAGAAGCAGCUGAGUGUCUGCCGAUACCCGGAUGUGAGACGGUCUGCUGGCUCGCGUCGGACCCUCGGCCGGGAGCGAGGAAGAUUAACAGCCAAACACAUGGAAGUUAUUAGAAGCAUCAUUCAUUAGAAGCAUCAACUAUCAACUUGAAGAAAAAAAUUAUAUGUAAUUUUCAUUUCAAUAAGGUGCUGUAUAAUGUGUUAAAAGGAAAUUAUAAGGAAUGAUUUUGUCAAAUUCUUAUGAGUUAUGGUGGCUGAAAGAUCAAAUGUUUCUUGUGGGAAAGGAAAUAAAUGGCAGCACAAAAGGAAAUCUGUAUUAAUAGAGUAUUUUAUUAAACGGAAGUGGUUAAAUAAGAACUUUAAAUCAACAGACUCUGCAAACAAGGAAAGAAACGUGUUAGCUGUAAGACAUGUUUCUAAUGAAUCAAAGUCCAAUAACUGUAGACUUCAGAAGAAAAAAAUUUUCAAAAACUUUGUCAAAACAGACAGGUCAGUGAUAAAUAACUUCUCCAGUCAUAGGGCUAGGCCUGAAAACGAAUUUAAUUGAAACAUUAACAAAACAGAUCAAACUUGAAUUAAAAUUUUUGUCAUAAAAAGUUCUGAAAAUAUCAGCUUAGAUUUAAAUUUUCCUCAAAUAUCUAUUGCCUUGUCCAAAGUAAAGCAAAUAUCAUUCAGCCUCCAUGCCAUAAGGAUGACAGAAAUCUUAGCAGACUAGUACUUUUGUUGAAAAUGUGUGUCAGUAUCAGUUGAUUUUUUUAGACCUGCUCAGUAAUAAUACUAGACAUUCAGCAUUUAUUAUUUACUAGGACACAAAAAUUUCGAAAAUACUCAGAAAAGGAGGACCUUACUCAGGAAUGAUGUCCAUUCAGGAGAAAUCAAAAGAAAAUUCCUCCAGUGUUAUUAAAAAGAAUGAAGAUAAGAAUUUAGAAACACAAGUUCAAGGUUCUCAAAAGAAUCUAGCAAAAAAAUCAGAUCCAAAGGAAGCUAUAAAAUCACUGGUUAAAUCUUCCAAUGAAAGUAAAGUAAAUCAGCCUGAAUUAGGAACAUGCAUGAGCACAAGGUCAGCAUCCAGUGAUCAAAAAGCUAGUAAAUCUAUUAAUAAAACUAUGGUGACCGUAAAGGGACAUUCACAACAAGAAUCUACAAAACAGAAGAAAAUAUCUCAGAAAAAAUCAGUGCAUGAAACCCCUAAAUCAAAUGAACACCUGAACCGGAGAUCACAAAGACUACAACAGUUAACAGAGGUUUCAACAAGAUCUCUGCGUAGUAGAGAAAUUCAGGGUCAGACUCAAGCAGUUAAACAGAGUUUGCCACCAACAAAAAAAGAGCACUGUAGCAAUACUCAGAGUAAAUCUAAUAAAGCUAAAACAAAUCAGAAACAUGUGAAAAGAAAAGUAUUGGAAAUAAAGUCUGAUUCUAAAGAGGAAGAAAAUUCUGUAACUAAUGAAGCGAUCAAUUCCCCCAAAGGAAAAAAGCGCAAAGUGGAGCAUCAGACGGCUUACACUUCUAGUUCUCAGUGCACAAAAGGGUCUGAAAAGCGUCUGCAGAAUACCAGGAAAGAAGAAACAAAGUCUUCUUCUGAGAUAAAAAGAUCCAAAGUGGCUACUUCAGUGGUCUCUAAAAAGAAGGAGAUGAAGAAGUCAGUUCCCACACAAGUGAAUACUAGUGCAAAAUCCCAAAAAAGUCCACAGCCAUCAGUGCCUGAACAAACUGUAGACAAUGGGCUAGAGCACGCAGGAACAAGCAAACGGGGGAGCAUUCUCCAGCUCUGUGAAGAGAUUGCUGGUGAAAUUGAGUCAGAUACUGUAGAGGUAAAAAAGGAAUCUUCACAAAUGGAAAACAUAAAGGAGGAGAAGCCUACAGAAAUAAAACCGGAAGAGACAGAGACUGAAAGACAAACACUUCAUCAGAAGGAAGCGAAUCAGGACGUUCAGUGUAAUCGUUUCUUCCCCAGUAGAAAAACAAAGCCUGUGAGAUGUAUACUAAAUGGAAUAAACAACUCAACUAAAAAGAACUCCAACUGGACUAAAAUUAAACUCUCAAAAUUUAACUCUGUGCAGCAAAAUAAAUUAGACUCUCAAUUUUCCCCUAAAUUGGGCUUAUUACGAACCAGUUUUUCACUACCUGCGUUAGAAACGCAUCAGCAAGUGACUCAAAGUACAUUUUUAGGGUCAAAACCAUAUGGUGAUAAAAAUAAAGCUUGCCAGCAGGAAGAAAUGAAAGAAGUUAAUUCUGAAGAUGUUAAACCUAAUGAUAUUGCAGUUGAAAUGAAUAAAAUCCCCAAAAAGACUCCUGAAAAUUGUCAUUUGGGUAAUCAGAUAAAACCACCUUCUGACCAACCAUUGGAUAAGCAGAAGAAAGAUUCUUUUGAAUCAACACCGGAUAAGAAUUGCAGCCUAUGUUUGGAAUCUAAGCUUGAAAACAAUCCAGUGGAAAAUGCCACUACUGUCUCAACUCUGCUCAGUCAAGCAAAAAUUGAUACAGGAGAGAAUAAAUUUCCAGGUUCAAUUCCCCAACAGCACAGUAUAUUCUGUAAUCAGACAUCUAAGACAAGUGAUAACAGGGAGAUACCACCAAAUCAUUCUUGGCCCAAGUGUAAUUCCCAUUUGGAGAUAACAAUUCCAAAAGACUUGAAACUAAAAGAAGCAGAGAAAGCUGAUGAAAAACAGUUGAUCAUAGAUGCAGGACAAAAAAGAUUUGGAGCAGUUUCCUGUAAUGUUUGUGGCAUGCUUUACACAGCUUCAAAUCCAGAGGAUGAAACACAGCAUCUGCUCUUCCACAAUCAAUUUAUAAGUGCUGUAAAAUACGUGGGUUGGAAAAAAGAAAGAAUUCUAGCUGAAUAUCCUGAUGGCAGGAUAAUAAUGGUUCUUCCUGAAGAUCCAAAAUAUGCCCUGAAAAAGGUUGACGAGAUUAGAGAGAUGGUUGAUAAUGAUUUAGGUUUCCAGCAGGCUCCACUCAUGUGCUAUUCCAGAACAAAAACACUUCUCUUUAUUUCUAAUGACAAAAAGGUAGUUGGUUGUCUAAUUGCAGAACAUAUCCAGUGGGGCUACAGAGUCAUAGAAGAAAAACUCCCAGUUAUCAGGUCAGAAGAAGAAAAGGUCAGAUUUGAACGGCAAAAAGCCUGGUGCUGCUCAACACUGCCAGAGCCUGCAAUCUGCGGGAUCAGCCGCAUAUGGGUGUUCAGCAUGAUGCGUCGGAAGAAAAUCGCUUCUCGAAUGAUUGAAUGCCUAAGGAGUAACUUUAUAUAUGGCUCAUACUUGAGUAAAGAGGAAAUUGCUUUCUCAGACCCUACUCCUGAUGGAAAACUGUUUGCAACACAGUACUGUGGCACUGGUCAGUUUCUGGUAUAUAAUUUUAUUAAUGGACAAAAUAGUACCUAAAAUAAACUCAUGCCUACAGUAUCAGAAGACAUCUACUGAUGAGAAUGGAUUGGUUGUUAACUUAAACCAGGAACUAGGGCCAUUUUUAUUACAAUGAACUCAGGACUGGCAACAACCAUAAGGUUGUUCCAUUUUCAUAAAAUUGGGGGAAAAAAUGAAGUAAUUGCUUAUUGUUGUUUUGUUUUUUUAAAGAAGAUAUUUUAUUAUCUUUUACAGAAAUUUAUGAUUGAUGUAUUUUAUCUAUAGUUAUUUAGACAUGUUUACAUGCAGCAGAUAAUUGUUCAUAGUGGACUGAAAACUAAUGCAAGGACUAUGGUCUCAGUGAUAAGUAUAUUUUGAAGUUCUUAAUUGUGGCAAUAUACCAGUGUAGCUUGGUACUGUAUUUUUUUUAUACUGAUCUGCUGAUACCAGUUAUAGUUUUAAAGAUUGUAUUACCAGAGUGGAAACCAGUGUUUUUACAUUAUUAUUCAAGAAGGGUGUGAUGUUACGUGUUGAGGAAUCAAAACUAAUUCUUAAAGGGUCUGAUACCUACUUUAAAGGAAUCAUCACCAAAAAAGCAAAGCUCCAUUAGCAAGAGAGAAUUUGAAAUACUGAGUUUUUUUCUUCUGUUUCUCUUUUUCUGCUUCUUGCUGCCAAUCAAGAAGCGGAAGGUGGAAAAGAAGCUUUCCUUCUUGGAGAACUAUGAAUGACUCGAGUUAGAAUGGUGCCCUUUAUUUAUUUUUUCAUUCUGGUUUCACUUUUUAAAAUAAAUGUCAACUUGGCACACUUUGGCUAUUAACAAUCCCAAAGAGGUUUAUAAAAACCUGUGGAAUAGUUGCAAGCUAAAUAUGUAUGACUUGGUAUCUGCUUUGUUACUCCUCAGAAAUACUACACUGGGUAUAUGCCCUCGUUAUUGGACUUCAUUUUGAUACUUGUCUAUCCUUCAUAGUGCCCUCUACUUUUAAAGGGUUUAUAUGUUGAAAAACUGCUGUGGCCUUUUAUGACUUGUAUAUAAUGUAGAAUAAAAUAAUAAAAUACUUGAUAGCUUUUUCUAAGUGAUAAAUGUGAUAAUGGUAUGUUGUUAUUGUGCUUUUUCAGGAAGUCUGUUAGGUUUGAUACCUUGAAAUAAGAUUAAAACAGUGGCUUUUGAAAAGGUAGUUUUCACCAGUUUGCUGCAGAAUCUGUAUGUCAGUAACAUCUCCAAAAGACAAGAUCCUAACAUGGGAUUUUUCUGGUCUUUCAAAGAAAUAAAGAGCCAUCACCCAUGUAUGAAAUACCACUAUGAUUUAAUACAGGUGAAUGUUAUGAGCUGACAUUAAAACCAGCUAAAAACUAAGACUUUUAAAUGAAGAUUACAGGUGUGUGUGUGUGUGUGUGUGUACACACACAUUAUCACUCAUAGAUGUGUACUUUUAAAAUUAAUCAAGUGGUGUAAGGCUCUGUACCUGUCAGUAGGGUGGAAUGGUAAGGCAGUGUGACUAUUUCUUCUCAUUCAUCAUGAUGGUCCAACUCUUGACACUGCUUUUCUUUUUGGUCUUGAGACUCUUCUAGUCAUCCCUGGUCUCAAUGUUUGCCUGACAGGGAACCAAUGAUUUUUUAAAAACAGGAUGAAAACUUGAGGUGUAGCAUAGAUUUCCUAGUAACUGUUAAACUCAUAAUACAGGCCCAGUUCCCAUAUAAGCAAUAGGAUUCUUUGGGGAGCUAUACUUGGUUGGUUUCAAAGGGACUUGGAAGUAGACAGGCUGUAUUUAUUGGUUGGUUUAAAGAUUGUCAUUACCAGGAAGAUUGUUUCUUUUUGUGUUUAUAUUAAAGACACAGCCCCUCAAAUAAAUUUUACAAUCUAGCUAUUUCUCCAAGAAUAGAAUUAUUAAUAAUAUUUAACAUUUGAGUGUUUGCCAUGUGUCGUACCUUGUGUUUGUGCUGUGCUUAAUCUCUCAGUCAUGCCUGACUCUUUGUGACCCCCAUGGACUGUAGCCCACCAGGCUCCUCUGUCCAUGGGAUUCUCCAGGCAAGAAUACUAGAGUGGGUUGCCAUGCCCUCCUCCAGGGGAUCUUCCAGCCCAGGGAUUGAACCCAAGUCUCCCACAUUGCAGGCAGAUUUUUUACCGUCUGAGCCACCAGGGAAGCCCAAGAAUACUGGAGUGAGUAGCCUAUCCCUUCUCCAGGGGAUCUUCCCAACCCAGGGAUCAAACCCGGGUCUCCUGCGCUGCAGGCAGAUCCUGUACCAGCUGAGCUACCAGGGAAGCCCCAGUGAUGCCUUAUUUAAUUAUCAUGACAGCCACAUAGGUAGAGUUUACAGAUGAGGAAUAUAGAAUUUAGACGAGCUUAUAGUAGCAGCUGCAGUGUUUGUGAAAGAUACUGCAAAUUGAACUAAAGCUAUGAUGUGUGGGUGAAGACUAGACAGAUGAACUUUGAGAAGUUAAAAUUGAAGAAUUGAUGGAGUUGAUAACUGACUGGAGAAAGAUCAUGACAGGAGAAUCUGGGUAAUUUUGGUUUAGGUAGUGGAGUAGGUGGAUUUUUGGCCGAGAAGGGCAUACUGGAGAAUUAGGUGGGAAGAUUGAAUGGGGAAUGAUGAAUUUGGUUCUGCUCACAGUUUGAAGGUGGUUACUGAAUCUCCAAGUGGAGAUAUCUAUUUGGUGUAUAUAACUGAACAUGUAGUCCUACAGUUUGGGAAAAGUUUGAACUAAACUAAUUUAUUUAGUUAUUUGAAGAUUUAGAGGAGAUCUCCACCCUGGGGUUUAUAAAAUUAGAGGGGAGAAGAGACUGUUGAAGAACUUGUGAAAAUGCUCAUGCAAGGGAAGAACCAGAAGAAAGUGGUAGAAACCGAGACUCAAAAGAACCGUCGACAUUGUCACACCACAGCUGAAGACUGAAGAGCGACAACAGAAACAGAAUCAUGGUCUCUGUGGAGUUGUGGAGGUACCAGUGGAUACAGUGAGUAAACGCUAAUGGUCACAAACAUCAAAACAGAUUGAUUUUGUAAUUGCUAAUUAUAUAAAGGUGCCUAUAAAUGUUUUCUCAGCUACCCUUGAAUAGUUGGUCUAUUAUAAGAAUGUCUAGUAUAUUGACAUUAUAGGAAUCACCAGUGUAGACAGACACCCUGCGAUCUUAUGCGUUAUGCUCAUGUUUACGUGGACAUACAAUGGUUUUAUUUCAUUUUGUCAGUGUUAUAAAAAUCAGCAUUUUAUCAAUUUAUAAUGUUCAAGAGUGAACUUGAUAUAUCUACUAAAAUCAUGACUAUCAUAAGAACAGUAAAUACAGUAGACAUACAGUGAUAUUUUAAUUGUCACUUACUUUGCAUGGCUGCCCAGCUAGGGCAUCUUGGUAGAAACACAGCCACAUUCCUUCCUGGCUGUAGUUCACUGGCGGUUAAGGUGGUUAAACUGAUUUCUGGGGUAGUGACUGCAGACACACAUAUGCCUUCUACCUGUUCUCAUGGCUCUUGGGCUUUCUAGCAGACCAAGGGAAGAUUCUGUCUUAGAACAGCAAAGAAUUGGUAAGAAAACUUAAUUGUUUUGCUUUUUCUAACUAUUCCUAUUCCAUUUGGUGUCAUAAUCACUGAAGUAAAGUUGACACUUGAACAACGUGGGGGUUGGGGUGCUAACCCCACACGUAGUCCCGAAUCAGGUAUAACUUUACAGUCAGCUCUUUAUAUUAGCGCUUUGUAUCUAUAGAUUCAGCCAACCAUGGAUUAUGUAGUACUGUAGCACAUUUUUUUUUUUUAAUUGUGUAUAAGUACACCUGUGAAGUUCAAACCUGUAUUGUUGAAGGGUCAACUGUAGACUCUUUCCUCAGCUUAAUACUUAGGACAGCUAAGACGUAAGGAAUUUACAGUGUUUCCUUGGCCCCAGAGGUCCUUCCUGCAUCUUUAGUGAUGAUUUUUUGUUUUUGUUUUUUCAGGGAAGCCAGGGUUUCAUUGUUUUAUCAAUAUUCUCUUAGACCCAGAGGGAGCUUAUGAGCAGUUGCCAUGACUGAAGACAGACCUGAGGAAUGUUUGUUCUCUGGAUAUUGUUCAGCUCUACGUAGUUGAAGACAGAGGUACCGCAGUCAGUUUCACAGCUGUCAGUCUUUCCAAGGCAGCUCCAACGGAGUACGUAGUGGGACACUGGCAGUUUCCUACUUGCUCCUGAAUCUGUCAGCAUACUUAAAAUAGUUACUGCCCCUCCUGAGGUAACAGCCAGGGACCUCUGACCCUGAAGAAUGUUUUUACGGUUCUAUAUCAAAGGCUGUUAUUUUAGCACUGUCAGUAUAAUAGAACUGAAAGGCAUUCCCCCCCCCCCUGGAAAAAUGUUAAUUCUCCAAAGUUGGUGAAAUUAGAAUUUAGAAAUAAAAUGGAGAGUAACCUUAGGUUAUACUACACAAUUCUACUGUCCCAAAGUCUGCUGCUUGGGACAUGGAAAUGAAUAUAGUUGCCAUCUAUAAAAUGAAAGAUUGGGGAUGUACCAUGGAUAUUUCUGACAUCUCUUUUAAUCAUUUCUAGAUCUGUUAUUCAUAAUUAUGUGGCACUCUGCAAGUGGGCAUGGUGUGUAGAUACUUUAUAUGUGUGUAUCACUUUGGAUAAGCUAUAGAUUUUCAGUCCACAAAUACUUACUCAGCAUUUUCUUGCACUGUUAAGCCAGAAUAGUAGAAUCUUAAGAGUUAUCCAACCUAUGGCAUGUGGACUUGUGGCCUUUCUUGGACAUUGUCAGAGCCAGCUCAUUCCAUUUUUGAACAUACCAGAAAAUGUAAAGAAAACACACUUUCUUUUUAGGGGGGUGGGGGAGAAUUUAAUACAUUCACCAAAUUAAAUGAAAGGACAAGAACGUACUGUUGACGCAACUUAAGACAAUUUAGAAUCAUAAACAAAAUGUGAGGUAGACUGACUAGUGAAAUUAACCAAAUUUUGGUUAAGAAACUUUACAGUAAUAAAGUAACACAGGUGCCUCCUUUUCUAAAAAUCACAAGAAGCAAUUGCAUAAAUUACAGCCCAAAAAAUUGAAUAUAGCAAUUCUCAUUGUAAGUUUACAUUCAGUAUUAACCUGUGUGAACCCUCACAUAUCGCAGGGUUUAACAGGUCUAUAGGUCAGUUAUUCUGCAGGCCAAGUGAACACAUUCACACCACGAUAUUCUAAGGGCUGGCGAGGCUCAAAGUGGAACACACCAGGGGUUGUAUUAACCAAAUCAUGGUGUUCUGUGCUUGUGCAAUUUUAUCCUUAAAGGAGAAUGACCUAACAUUCUCUAAAGAAUUAUACUGAUAAGGUGAUUUUAAAAGAUCCAAGCCUUAUUAAGACAGACACUGAAAAGAAUAGGCAGGUCAGUUUAAAAUCUCCAUCAUCAGGGUGAUGAUCUUUUGGCUUUAUUCCGGCAUUUCUCUUCCACAGAG